GCGACUGACUCUGGCCUGCUCACCCAUAAGGAGAAUCUGCCAGUCAGAUGGGUGGUGGUUGGGGAUAUACAGAGACCUGGAUCAGAGGCAGCCUAUAGAGUUGGCCCACUCAGGUGUCAUGGUGACAGUAAGUAUCAAAUGAUGACAUAAUAAAGAUAGUCUCACACUAUAUUUACAUUCUUAGAAAAAAUUGUGCUAUCUAGAACCUAAAAAGGUUAUUCAGCUGUCCCCAUAGGAGUACCUUUGAAGAACCAUUUUUGGUUCCAUGUAGAUCCCUUUCCACGGAGGCUUCUUUAUGGAACCCAAAACGGUUCUACCUGGAACCAAUGUGUACAGCCAAGGAACUCUUUGGAACCCUUUUUUCUAAGAGUGUAUAUUCCCAAUUCUUUAUUGGGUAUCACCAAAGUUUCGGCACACAGUGCCUUCCUCUGGGUUAGAUAGUAAGUAUCAAGUCAAGCAGUCAUUCUACUGUAUCAGUCCAUUAUCUAAUCCAUUACUGACCCUCCUCCGAUAAACUGACUGGGUUUUACUGAAUACUGUAUGCUCGCUUUUGAUAUAUCAGUCAAUCUAUCACUCCAUUAUUUCUAUAUGGAUAUGGAGUAUUUACAAUACACACAGGCUGUGAUUAAAACAAAUGCAGAUAAAUGACUUGCACACUGUGAUAGACUUUACAAUCUACUUUACUCUGAGUCCUCAGCACAGUCAUUUUGUUUCCUGUUUGAUGCUAAUGCAACAUUCUCUUCCUCUCCGUCAAUCAUCAUGUUAAUCACUCUGAUUAUGCACAUAACCUAAUUAUGUGUACCACAUUAGCAGAAUUGUUACAAAAACAAGAAUGUUCUCUCUUUUAUGCUCUUAUGCUGAUGGCGGAAGGUAGUUGUUGUUAAUCAGGCAAUAAUGAUUUAAGAGUCCCAAUCUCUUUGUUAUUCCUAAUUGCAGCCUUGGUUACCUGAAAUAUUUAUCUUAGUAAAUUAUACAUAAACGGGGGAAACAGUGGUGGAAUAUAAUUAAGAUUAAUUAGAAAAAUUGUUGGCCUGUUCAUGACAGUCUCAUCAACAGAUCAUUAUUAUUGUUUACAUAUUUAGCAGACGCUCUUAUCCAGAGAAAUUAGGGUUAAGUGCCUUGCUCAAGGGCACAUCGACAGAUUGUUCACCUAGUCGGCUCAGGGAUUAGAACCAGCGACCUUUCAAUUACUGGCACAACGCUCUUACCCACUAAGCUACCUGCCGCCCCUUGAACUGAGAGCAAAACAAGUUGCGGACAUGUACUCUCCAAACUACAGCUUAUUUUAUUCUCAGUCUAUUUAGACCUUAGUUUCCAAUAAGCACCCUUUUUCUCAAUCAGCACCAUGUAUAGUUUUUCAGAAGCAAAGCAGAACUCCCUGUUAUCUAUUUUCUAUGUUAUCAUUGUUAUGUGUUGUGGAAGUCUCACCUAUGUGAUUUGUGGUUGUCUUCCUUACCGUAGCUGAAUCCACUGACUAUAAGUCGUUCUGGAUAAGAGUAUGCUAAAUGACCAAAAUGUAUGUAAAUGUAUUGAUUUAAAUCCUUUUCUCAGAGAACUUCUGGAACGCAGCGUUCUUCAACAAAGAAACGUCGUACCUGCACUUCCCCACGUUCCACGGAGAGCUGAGUGCAGACAUCUCCUUUCUGUUCAAAACCACUGCCGCUUCAGGAGUCUUCCUGGAAAACCUGGGCAUCAAAGACUUCAUACGGGUGGAACUCAGCUGUAAGUAGAGUGGAUAAAUUCAGCUGUAAGUAGAGUGGAUAAAGUCAGCUGUAAGUAGAGUGAAUAAAGUCAGCUGUAAGUAGAGUGGAUAAAGUCAGCUGUAAGUAGAGUGGAUAAAGUCAGCUGUAAGUAGAGUGGAUGAACUCAGCUGUAAGUAGAGUGGAUGAACUCAGCUGUAAGUAGAGUGGAUAAAGUCAGCUGUAAGUAGAGUGGAUAAAGUCAGCUGUAAGUAGAGUGGAUAAAGUCAGCUGUAAGUAGAGUGGAUAAAGUCAGCUGUAAGUAGAGUGGAUAAAGUCAGCUGUAAGUAGAGUGGAUGAACUCAGCUGUAAGUAGAGUGGAUGAACUCAGCUGUAAGUAGAGUGGAUAAAGUCAGCUGUAAGUAGAGUGGAUAAAGUCAGCUGUAAGUAGAGUGGAUAAAGUCAGCUGUAAGUAGAGUGGAUAAAGUCAGCUGUAAGUAGAGUGGAUAAAGUCAGCUGUAAGUAGAGUGGAUAAAGUCAGCUGUAAGUAGAGUGGAUAAAGUCAGCUGUAAGUAGAAUGGAUGAACUCAGCUGUAAGUAGAGUGGAUGAACUCAGCUGUAAGUAGAGUGGAUAAAGUCAGCUGUAAGUAGAAUGGAUGAACUCAGCUGUAAGUAGAGUGGAUGAACUCAGCUGUAAGUAGAGUGGAUAAAGUCAGCUGUAAGUAGAGUGGAUGAACUCAGCUGUAAGUAGAGUGGAUGAAGUCAGCUGUAAGUAGAGUGGAUAAAGUCAGCUGUAAGUAGGGUGGAUAAAGUCAGCUGUAAGUAGAGUGGAUGAACUCAGCUGUAAGUAGAGUGGAUAAAGUCAGCUGUAAGUAGAGUGGAUGAACUCAGCUGUAAGUAGAGUGGAUAAAGUCAGCUGUAAGUAGAGUGGAUAAAGUCAGCUGUAAGUAGAGUGGAUAAAGUCAGCUGUAAGUAGAGUGGAUAAAGUCAGCUGUAAGUAGAGUGGAUGAACUCAGCUGUAAUAGAGUGGAAUGAAUGAAAUGAAUGAAUGACAUUUUAUUUUCGUGUCAAAUCGGCAGUUGGCAACCCAUCCCUUAUGGGAUUAAUUGGCACAUAAACAGACAUUACAAUAAUUCACUGUGAUAAUUCUGUGAUAAUUCUUCUUCCGGUGUUCUCUGCAGUGCGCAUCGCAUAAAAAGUGAAACAAUUAAAGAUGGAAAACAAUACAUGAUAGUAAAUAAGGUUAUCCAAACAAUAAUUAUAUCCCUAGCGCAGUAACAAAAUAUGCAUACAUACAGUUGAAGUCAGAAGUUUACAUACACCUUAGCCAAAUACAUUUAGACUCAGAUUUUCACAAUUCCUGACAUUUAAUCCUAGUAAAGAUUCCCUCUUUUAGGUCAGUUAGGAUCACCACUUUAUUUUAAGAAUGUGAAAUAUCAGAAUAAUAGUAGAGAGAAUUAUUUAUUUUAGCUUUUAUGUCUUUCAUCGCAUUCCCAGUGGGUCAGAAGUUUACAUACACUCAAUUAGUAUUUGGUAGCAUUGCCUUUAAAUUGUUUAACUUGGGUCAAACGUUUCGGGUAGCCUUCCACAAGCUUCCCACAAUAAGUUGGCUGAAUUUUGGCCCAUUCCUCCUGACAGAGCUGGUGUAACUGAGUCAGGUUUUUAGGCCUCCUUGCUCACACACGCUUUUUCAGUUCUGCCCACAAAUGUUCUAUAGGAUUGAGGUCGGGGCUUUGUGAUGGCCACUCCAAUACCUUGACUUUGUUGUCCUUAAGCCAUUUUUCCACAGCUUUGGAAGUAUGCUUGGAGUCAUUGUCCAUUUGGAAGACCCAUUUGCGACCAAGCUUCAACUUCCUGACUGAUGUCUUGAGAUGUUGCUUCAAUGUAUCCACACAAUUUUCCUUCCUCAUGAUGCCAUCUAUUUUGUGAAAUGCACCAGUCCCUCCUGCAGCAAAGCACCCCUACAGCAUGAUGCUGCCACCCCCGUGCUUCACGGUUGGGAUGGUGUUCUUUGGCUUGCAAGCCGUCCCCUUUUUCCUCCAAAUAUAACAAUGGUCAUUAUGGGCAAACAGUUAUAUUUUUUUCAUCAGACCAGAGGACAUUUCUCCAAAAAGUACGAUCUUUGUCCCCAUGUGCAGUUGCAAACCGUAGUCUGGCUUUUUUAUGGCGGUUUUGGAACAGUGGCUCUUCCUUACUGAGCGGCCUUUCAGGUUAUGUCGAUAUAGGACUCGUUUUACUGUAGAUAUAGAUACUUUUGUACCUGUUUCCUCCAGCAUCUUCACAAGGUCCUUUGCUGUUGUUCUGGGAUUGAUUUGCACUUUUCACACCAAAGUACGUUCAUCUCUAGGAGACAGAACGUGUCUCCUUCCUGAGCGGUAUGACGGCUGCGUGGUCCCAUGGUGUUUAUACUUGCAUACUAUUGUUUGUACAGAUGAAUGUGGUACCUUCAGGUGUUUGGAAAUUGCUCCCAAGGACGAACCAGACUUGUGGAGGUCUACAAUAUUUUUUCUGAGGUCUUGGUUGAUUUCUUUGGAUUUUCCCAUGAUGUCAAGCAAAGAGGCACUGAGUUUGAAGGUAGGCCUUGAAAUACAUCCACAGGUACACCUCCAAUUGACUCAAAUUAUGUCAAUUAGCCUAUCAGAAGCUUCUAAAGCCAUGACAUAAUUUUCUGGAAUUUUCCAAGCUUUUUAAAGGCACAGUCAACUUAGUGUAUGUAAAAUUCUGACCCACUGGAAUUGUGAUACAGUGAAUUAUGAGUGAAAUAAUCUGUCUGUAAACAGUUGUUGGAAAAAUUACUUUUGUCAUGCACAAAGUAGAUGUCCUAACCGACUUGCUAAAACUAUAGUUUGUUAACAAGAAAUUUGUAGAGUGGUUCAAAAACUAGUUUUAAUGACUCCAACCUAAGUGUAUGUAAACUUCCGACUUCAACUGUACAUACAUACAUACAUACAUACAUACAUACAUACAUACAUACAUACAUACAUACAUACAUACAUACAUACAUACAUACAUACAUACAUAACAUGAAAAUGAAACAGAAGGCAUUUGAACCUAGUCUGGCAGAAAGAGAAGAUUAAUGUGGGAGACAAGCCUAUACACAAUCUAUAUACACACGUGCCAUUUACCACAUAGAAGCUAAAUAUGUUUAGAAUUGAAUUUUAGGUAGUGCAUUUUCAUUUAUUCCAGGCUUUGUCUAAAUAUUCCGCAAACGGAAAUACACAAUGGGAAAAAAACAAUUCAGUUUCUCCUCAUCGCUCAGCCACAUAAUGCCAGGGUAUAUCUGGUGUGCUUUCUGGAAUAAGAGCAAGCGUAAAUCGUGGUAGAAAGGGAAAUAGAGGAUAAAAUGAGUUUCAUUCUCUAUUUCUUUGAGGUCACAAUAGUUACAUAGUCUUUCCUCUUCCAUUUCACCACAAUACCGACCUGUUUCAAUACGCAGAGGCAAUAUCCCUGAUCUUACCUGUGCACAUAGCGAUCUCUUGCUUUUAGGUAGGUUAUACAUAAUAUAUCUCUCACACACGAAUUCACCCUUAAUCAAACAAAAGGUUCUCAAUUUGGGUUUAUGAUUAAUCUCCUCCACCCAUUUUUUUUCCAUAUUGCAUCAACAGUUGUUUUUUUAAUAAUAUCUAUGUCUCCCUUAAUUUGGUUUUCAUACAUAUGUUCACAGUCAGGCUGUUGAAAAAUGUCUGACAUUUCAGUUGCCCAGGCUCCCCUUAUGGAUAGAUCCCAUUGUAAAACUUUACUAGCUAUUCUGGUAGUUGGCAUAUCCAACAGUCUAAUCCAAAGUCUCACCAUACACGCCUUCCAUCUCACCUCACAUGGUUCCCAGGCCAUGUCCACAGUUAUUGCAAGUAUUGGUGCAAACUUGUGGACACCUAAAAAGUAACGUACUGCUCUGUUAUGGACAUGUUUGUUUUUGAGAUACCUCUUAGCACCCCUCACUCCUGCUCAAUAGUCCAGAACAGGACACACGCAUGUCCUCAAAAUUGUCAAAGACUCCAGCCACCCUAGUCAUAGACUGUUCUCUCUGCUACCGCACGGCAAGCGGUACCGGAGUGCCAAGUCUAGGUCCAAAAGACUACUCAACAGCUUCUACCCCCAAGCCAUAAGACUCCUGAACAGCUAAUCAUGGCUACCCGGACUAUUUGCACUGCCCCCCCACCCCAUCCUUUUUACGCUGCUGCUACUCUGUUAAUUAUUUAUGCAUAGUCACUUUAACUCUACCCACAUGUACAUAUUACCUCAACUACCUCAACUAGCCGGUGCCCCCGCACAUUGACUCUGCAACGGUACCCCCCUGUAUAUAUAGCCUCCCUACUGUUAUUUUAUUUUACUUCUGCUCUUUUUUUUCUCAACACUUUUUUUGUUGUUGUUUUAUUUUUAAAAUUUUGUAAUGUCUGCACAUUUUUUACAUUUACAUUUUAGUCAUUUAGCAGACGCUCUUAUCCAGAGCGACUUACAGGAGCAAUUAGGGUUAAGUGCCUUGCUCAAGGGCACAUUUACGUCAUUUAGCAGACGCUCUUAUCCAGAGCGACUAACAAAUUGGUGCAUUCACCCUAUAGCCAGUGGGAAAACCACUUUACACUUUUUCUUUUUUUUUUUUUUUUUUUUUUUUUUUGGGGGGGGGGGGGGGUAGAAGGAUUACUUUAUCCUAUCCCAGGUAUUCCUUAAAGAGGUGGGGUUUCAAAUGUCUCCGGAAGGUGGUGAGUGACUCCGCUGUCCUGGCGUCGUGAGGGAGCUUGUUCCACCAUUGGGGUGCCAGAGCAGCGAACAGUUUUGACUGGGCUGAGCGGGAACUAUGCUUCCGCAGAGGAAGGGGAGCCAGCAGGCCAGAGGUGGAUGAACGCAAUGCCCUCGUUUGGGUGUAGGGACUGAUCAGAGCCCGAAGGUACGGAGGUGCCGUUCCCCUCACUGCUCCAUAGGCAAGCACCAUGGUCUUGUAACGGAUGCGAGCUUCAACUGGAAGCCAGUGGAGUGUGCGGAGGAGGGGGGUGACGUGAGAGAACUUGGGAAGGUUGAACACCAGACGGGCUGCGGCAUUCUGGAUGAGUUGUAGGGGUUUAAUGGCACAGGCAGGGAGGCCAGCCAACAGCGAGUUGCAGUAAUCCAGACGGGAGAUGACAAGUGCCUGGAUUAGGACCUGUGCCGCUUCCUGUGUAAGGCAGGGUCGUACUCUCCGAAUGUUGUAGAGCAUGAACCUGCAGGAUCGGGUCACCGCCUUGAUGUUAGCGGAGAACGACAGGGUGUUGUGCAUGGUCACGCCAAGGCUCUUCGCACUCUGGGAGGAGGACACAACGGAGUUGUCAACCGUGAUGGCGAGAUCAUGGAACGGGCAGUCCUUCCCCGGGAGGAAGAGCAGCUCCGUCUUGCCAGGGUUCAGCUUGAGGUGGUGAUCCGUCAUCCAUACUGAUAUGUCUGCCAGACAUGCAGAGAUGCGAUUCGCCACCUGGUUAUCAGAAGGGGGAAAGGAGAAGAUUAGUUGUGUAUCGUCAGCGUAGCAAUGAUAGGAGAGGCCAUGUGAGGAUAUGACAGAGCCAAGUGACUUGGUGUAUAGGGAGAAUAGGAGAGGGCCUAGAACUGAGCCCUGGGGGACACCAGUGGUGAGAGCACGUGGUGCGGAGACAGCUUCUCGCCACGCCACUUGGUAGGAGCGACCGGUCAGGUAGGACGCAAUCCAGGAGUGAGCCGCGCUGGAGAUGCCCAGCUCGGAGAGGGUGGAGAGGAGGAUCUGAUGGUUCACAGUAUCAAAGGCAGCAGACAGGUCUAGAAGGACAAGAGCAGAGGAGAGAGAGUUAGCUUUAGCAGUGCGGAGAGCCUCCGUGACACAGAGAAGAGCAGUCUCAGUUGAAUGACCAGUCCUGAAACCUGACUGGUUUGGAUCAAGAAGGUCAUUCUGAGAGAGAUAGCAAGAGAGUUGGCUAAAGACGGCACGCUCAAUAGUUUUGGAAAGAAAAGAAAGAAGGGAUACUGGUCUGUAGUUGUUGACAUCAGUGGGAUCGAGUGUUGGUUUUUUGAGAAGGGGUGCAACUCUCGCUCUCUUGAAGACGGAAGGGACAUGGCCAGCGGUCAAGGAUGAGUUGAUCAGCGAGGUGAGGUAGGGGAGAAGGUCACCGGAGAUGGUCUGGAGAAGAGAGGAGGGGAUGGUGUCAAGCGGGCAGGUUGUUGGGCGGCCUGCAGUCACAAGUCGCAGGAUUUUAUCUGGAGAGAGAGGGGAGAAAGAAGUCAAAGCAUAGGGUAGGGCAGUGUGAGUAGGACCAGCAGUGUCAUUAGACUUAACAAACGAGGAUCGGAUGUCGUCAACCUUCUUUUCAAAGUGGUUGACGAAGUCAUCCACAGAGAGGGGGGGGGGGGGGAUUCAGCAGGGAGGAAAAUGUGGCAAAGAGCUUCCUAGGGUUAGAGGCAGAUGCUUGGAAUUUAGAGUGGUAGAAAGUGGCCUUAGCAGCAAAAACAGAUGAAGAAAAUGUAGAGAGGAGGGAGUGAAAAGAUGCCAGGUCGGCAGGGAGUUUAGUUUUCUUCCAUUUCCGCUCCGCUGCCCGGAGCUCUGUUCUGUGAGCUCGCAAUGAGUCAUCAAGCCACGGAGCUGGAGGGGAGGACCGAGCCGGCCGGGAGGAUAGGGGACACAGAGAGUCAAAUGAUGCAGAAAGGGAGGAGAGGAGGGUUGAGGAGGCAGAAUCAGGAGAUUGGAGGGAGAAGGAUUGAGCAGAGGGAAGAGAUGAUAGGAUGGAAGAGGAGAGAGUAGUGGGAGAGAGAGAGCGAAGGUUGCGGCGGCGCAUUACCAUCUGUGUAGGGGCAGAGUGAGUAGUGUUGGAGGAGAGCGAGAGAGAAAAGGAAACAAAGUAGUGGUCGGAGACAUGGAGGGGAGUUGCAGUGAGAUUAGUAGAAGAGCAGCAUCUAGUAAAGAUGAGGUCAAGCGUAUUGCCUGCCUUGUGAGUAGGGGGGGACGGUGAGAGGGUGAGGUCAAAAGAGGAGAGGAGUGGAAAGAAGGAGGCAGAGAGAAAUGAGUCAAAUGUGGACGUAGGGAGGUUGAAAUCCCCCAAAACUGUGAGGGGUGAGCCAUCCUCAGGAAAGGAACUUAUCAAGGCGUCAAGCUCAUUGAUGAACUCUCCAAGGGAACCUGGAGGGCGAUAGAUGACAAGGAUAUUAAGCUUAAAUGGGCUAGUGACUGUGACAGCAUGGAAUUCAAAUGAGGAGAUAGACAGAUGGGUUAGGGGAAAAAUGGAGAAUGUCCACUUGGGAGUGAUGAGGAUUCCUGUGCCACCACCCCUCUGACCAGAUGCUCUCGGGGUAUGCGAGAACACAUGGUCAGACGAGGAGAGAGCAGUAGGAGUAGCAGUGUUUUCAGUGGUAAUCCAUGUUUCCGUCAGCGCCAGGAAGUCAAGGGACUGGAGGUUAGCAUAGGCUGGGAUGAAGUCAGCUUUGUUGGCAGCAGAACGGCAGUUCCAGAGGCUGCCUGAGACCUGGAACUCCAGGUGUGGGGUGCGUGCAGGGACCACCAGGUUAGAGAGGCAGCAGCCACGCGGUGUGAGGCGUUUGUGUAGCCUGUGCAGAGAGGAGAGAACAGGGAUAGGCAGAGGCAUAGUUGACAGGCUGUAGCAAAUGGCUACAAUAAUGCAGAGGAGAUCGGAAUGAAAUGAACUAAACAUCUGGGAGAGGAGAGAGCAGGGCCUCCUUCACCAAAACUUCCACCUCAGAAACUAUAAUUGUUUCACUGAACCACCCGAACAAAAACUCUCCCAACUUCCACCUUUAGAAAUCAGAAUUGUUGUGAACCACAGCGGUUCAAUGUUUCAAGGAAUAGACUCAACCCACUUUAUUCAGCUAGCUAACUAUGACACCAUAGCUAACUAGCAUGCUAGCAUCCAAUAACACACAGUUUAGCACCAACACUUGGUCACAACAAACCACCAAUAGUGUGUUAACACACUAAACAGAUAAUUCGUGUCCGUGUCUAGUUCCUUUCAUAACGCAGCAAUAAUUAAACGUUGGCUAGCUAGCACAAAUAAAUUGUAUUUAGCUGCCACAGUACAGCACACAAUGGCUACUGUGUUGACUCAGUUCGAAAAACGGCUAGCUAGCUAGCUUCAUGCUACACCGGGCACCGCCGAAAACAAUGCUAACCUACAAUAACUACCCACAACAGCCCACGAUGCCUAACUAUGACACCAUAGCUAACUAGCAUGCUAGCAUCCAAUAACACACAGUUUAGCACCAAUACUUGGUUACAACAAACUACCAAUAGUGUGUUAACACACUAAACAGAUAAUUCGUGUCCGUGUCUAGUUCCUUUCAUAACGCAGCAAUAAUUAAACGUUGGCUAGCUAGCACAAGUAUAUUGUAUUUAGCUACUACAGUACAGUUAGCUGGUCGUGUUGGCUAGCUAGCAAUGGCUACUGUGUUGACUUUGUUUGGAAAACGGCUAGCUAGCUAGCUUCGUGCUACACCCGGCACCGCCGAAAACAAUGCUAACCUACAAUAACUACCCACAACAGCCCACGAUGCCUAACUAUGACGCCAUAGCUAACUAGCAUGCUAGCAUCCAAUAACACACAGUUUAGCACCAAUACUUGGUUACAACAAACUACCAAUAGUGUGUUAACACACUAAACAGAUAAUUCGUGUCCGUGUCUAGUUCCUUUCAUAACGCAGCAAAAAUUAAACGUUGGCUAGCUAGCACAAAUAUAUUGUAUUUAGCUACUGCAGUACAGUUAGCUGGUCGUGUUGGCUAGCUAGCAAUGGCUACUGUGUUGACUUUGUUUGAAAAAACGGCUAGCUAGCUAGCUUUGUGCUGCGGGCCUAUCUACAAUACCUAACUACAAUCUAAAUACAUAAUUAAGCCUUACUCGACAAAGCCCAAGCUAUGUAUAACGCCAAACUUACCCGACGCCAGCUAACAUUUGUCUUCUGCAAUCAGUAGGUGUAAUUAAGUACAGUAGCUACUAACUACCUAACGUUGAUGGCUCAGAUAAUGAGGUUAGAAAAACGGCUGAAUGGUAGGUAGCUAGCUGGCUUAAUUACAGGUACUCUUAAGCGUGAAAUAACAUUGGAAACAACUCUCCACCGUUGCUAAACGUUACCAGUAGCUACCCGCUAGCUAGCUAGCCUCGUGCUUCGCCGGGCUCCGCCGUAAACAAUACUUACCUACAAUAAUUACCUACGGAAACCUACAAUAACUACCUAAAUAAACUACCUACAAUACCUAACUACAACUACCUACCUACGAUCUAAAUACAUGGUUUAAGCUUUACUCAACACCAUAUAAGAAGCCAAGCUUACCUCCUGCUAGAGAAAACACAACCUCUCCCGACCACAGCUACAUCAAAUAGCUACAUUCGGCGCAUGUGACCAAUAAGUUUACAGUUUGGAAUACGUAGCAUAACCAAUAUCUUUGAGUGUUUUAGUUUUUCCUAUAACUCCCCCAAGAGUCGGCCAGGGCAGAUGUUCCGUAUAGAAAGGUAAUUUGUUCAUCAAUAAAAAGGCCCAAAUAUUUAUAAUUGCUAGUAAACUCAAGAAUGUCUUCACCAAAACAAAACUGAAAAACUCUUCUCUUAGUACCUGGUUUUCUAAAAUGCAUUAUCUGUGUUUUUAUCUGGUUGAUCAUGAGUCUCCAUCUUUUACACCAAUUGACUGCACAUAAUAACAGGUUCUGCAGGUCUUGUUCAGUUUCUGCCAUCAAAAUAAUAUAAUCAGCAGCAUAUAAAAGGAGACUUAGCAUUUAAUCAUCAUAUCUUACUCCAAUAUUUAACUGUUUAAUUUCUUUUGCCAAACAUAGCAAACAAAGUUGGUGAAAUGUAAGGGUUGGUGUGAGGUGUGACCCAGGUGCGGUGCAGGAUAGACAGUAGGCAUCCUGCAGAGAUGGUGAAACAAGGAUCUUUACUGGUGGUCCCGAAUCCAGGAUACAAAAUAACGGACUUAACACAAUAAAAGAAAGGCGGAGCACAUAAGUCUCCAACAACAGGCUUACAGACAAAAUACGAAAUAGUAACUAUGAUUGAAAUUAUAAAGAAACAGGGAGAACACUUCUCGAGUACCUGUACAUACGUCUCCGAUCAGACACUGAUUAGUACUGCUGAGCAUAGAAAAACUAGCAGAGAAAACUGAGCAAGGGAACACAGCGAAGUGAGGGCAUAAAUACACAGGUGAACAGGUAAACACAGGUGACACCAGUAGGAUCAUGAUUAGUCCAGACUGUGAGUGAGGAGGUGCCUAUGGUUGUUGGAGGAGGACACCUAGUGGAUCGCUCUGGAACUGCAACCCCCUCUUGUAACAGGAAGUUGCAGGCGGUAGGCCACUGGGUUGACUCGCCAGACCACUCUGAAUGGCCCGACGAACUAGGGGGACAGCUUCCUGGACUCCACGCGGUGUGGCUCUCCCGCGUGGAGAGCCACACCCUCUGUCCCGGGCAAAAAACCGGGGCCGGGCGAUGCCUGCGGUUGGCCUGAAGUUGAGACCUGACCGAGGCCCGCUUAAGCGCUGCCCGUACCUGCCUCCAGGUGCGGCGACAGCUACUGAUGUGGGCCUGGACCGCCGGGACCGCCGCCUCCUCCUCUUGCUCGGGGAAUAGUGGGGGUUGGUACCCGCAUUGGCACUGGAAGGGGGACAGGCCGGUGGACGAGAAGAGAAGGGUGUUGUGGGCGUACUCCGCCCACGCCAGUCGCUGACUCCACAUAGCUGGGUUGCUGGAGGCGUAGCACCUCAGCACCCCCUCCAGAUCCUGGUUGAUACGCUCCGUCUGCCCGUUCGACUGGGGAUGGAAGCCGGAAGACAAGCUGACGGAGGCGCCUUCCAGAACCUGGAGGCGAACUGAGGGCCCCGAUCCGACACCACAUCUUGGGGAAGGCCGUGGACCCGGAAAAUGUGCUGCACCACCAACUUAGCCGUCUCCCGUGCCGACGGGAGUUUGAGAAGGGGAAUGAAGUGGGCAGCCUUCGUAAACUGGUCCACAAUGACCAGGACGACUGUGUAUCCAUCAGAGGGGGGUAGGGCGGAAAUGAAAUCCAGCAAGAUGUGGGACCAGGGGCGCUUGGGGAUAGGCAGGGGUCGGAGCAGCCCUGCUGCGGGCUGAAGUGAGCUCUUCGUGCGCGCGCACACCGGGCAAGCAGCCACGAAGGCGCGCGUAUCCCCCUAAGCUGAUGGCCACCAGAACCUCCUACACAGGAACUCCAACGUCCUGGCACCCCCCGGAUGGCUGGUGAGGUCAGACGCGUGCGCCCACUGAAGCAGUCACGAGCACGCCGCCUUGGCCAGCCUAUCGAUUCCUCACAAAACUGGGGCAGCAAUCAGGGCGUUUGGGACAAUGGGGUCAUCCCUCUCCACCAGGUCCAUGGUGUCGAACUGCCGGGAGAGCGCGUCAGGCUUGGUGUUCUUCGACCCCGGACGGUAUGAGAUCAUGAACCGAAACCUGGUGAAGAACAACGCCCACUUGGCCUGGCGCGAGUUGAGCCUCUUGGCCUCCUGAAUGUAGGCUAAGUUCUUAUGGUCAGUCCAUACGACGAAUGGAUGGGCGGCUCCCUCUAGCCAAUGCCUCCACUCCCCCAGGGCGAGCUUGACCGCUAGCAGCUCACGGUUCCCCACGUCGUAAUUCCGCUCUGCCGAGGACAGCUGACGGGAGGAAAACGCGCAGAGGUGAGUCUUACCAUCCGUGAGGAACCGUUGGGACAGGAUUUCUCACACCGCAACGUCUGAAGCAUCCACCUCCACAAUGAACGGCAGGGACAGAUCAGGAUGCCCUAGGACUGCGGCCAAUGUAAAGCGCUGCUUAAGCGCAUCGAAUGCGUUCCCCGCUUCCGGGGUCCAGGCGGGUGCGCCGGGUGAUGAAGCCCGACCCCAACGGCCGGCCGCCCAGGCGCAUGACCGGAACCGGCUCGGAGAGGGAGCGUAACGGAACGGUCCACCCUUGGGCCAGCCUAACAGAAGAAGUUAGAAGGAUAAUUUAGUUGCUAAUUGCAGCCUGCAGUACCCCGGUCGGCCUUCAACUUGAGGUACUCAGGAUCCCAGUUUAUAGCUGGUUCUAACAUGCAUCCUUUGUCCUGGUCUUGUGCCCACAUUUUCAGACAGGUGUAGAUGAUUAAAAGAUGCAUUGUGAUCUGAUUGUGAUCAGAUCUUCCUGACCACCUCCGGAGGUAGUCAGGGACCCAUAAUGUCUGGACAUCUUACAAGUGUAGACAGAUGUGGACAGUCAAAUCAUUUAAAUCAUAAUUAUCCCACCUUCUAAAAUCAUUGACAGGUGGCAUCAUUGACUUAUGGCAUCAAUAUGCGUCUUAAUAUUGAUUUGAUUUAUUUUAUUUUAAAAGAAUAGCUAAAUAAUUUGCAUACAGGGAUGGACCAGGAAAUCUGGUCACAAUGCGGACACAGUGGACGGAUAUGAAACACAUUUUAAUACCAUGUGUAAAAUUCAGAGUGCCCACAUGAAAAUGUGGGCAAAGUCAGAAUGUGGACAAGAUCAGAGUGGUAUACUAUGAAGAAAGCUAGAUCUACUCAGGAUUUUAUGAAGCAAGCCAGCUUCAGUUAUCUUCACAUUCCAGGUCAGGCUUCAUCCGUACUACGACGGUGGAUAUUACUCGUCCGCUGAAUUCUUCAUUGAGAGAAUGGUGAAACAUCAAUCCAUGGGCAAGUCAGUGACACAUUUUUGUUUGUGCCGAAAUCAAAAUGAAAGAAAGGUUAGCUGUGGUGUGAAAUAGGCUUUUAGAAGUUACGUCUUUAUUUUAUUACUUAUCGUUAAUGCUGUCUUUGGUGUGCUUUGGUGUGCUUAUCAAUGCAUGAGCCCCUAUUUCCCACUCCUAUCGCUCCUUCUGAACAGCUUGUUGCGUUUUGGCCAUAGACAUAUAAUCCAUAGAAGGGUUUUGGAACCUCUAACCCUGGCAAUUUGACUGUUAAACUCAUGGGUACACUAGCAAAUGCUGCCAGUAUUGACUUGAAUGGGAACUGCCAUCUAUGGAUUAUACAGUGCAUUCGGAAAGUAUUCAGACCCCUUCACUUUUUCCACAUUUUGUUACGUUACAACCUCAUCAAUCUAUACACAAUACCCGAUAAUGACAAAGCAAAAACUGUUUUUUUGAAAUCUUUGCAAAUCUAAAAAAAUAAAAUAAAAUAAAUAUCACACCGUAGGGAUAGUGCCAGGUUUCCUCAAGAUGUGACGCUCGGCAUUCAGGCCAAAUAGUUAAAUCUUGGUUUCAUCAGACCUGAGAAUCUUGUUUCUCAUGGUCUGAGAGUCCUUUAGGUGCCUUUUGGCAAACUCCAAGCGGCCUGUCAUGUGCCUUUUACUGAGGAGUGGCUUCCGUCUGGCCACUCUACCAUAAAGGCCUGAUUGGUGGAGUGCUGCAGAGAUGGUUGUCCAUCUGCAAGGUUCUCCCAUCUCCACAAAGGAACUCUGGAGCUCUGUCAGAGUGACCAUCGGGUUCGUGGUCAACUCCCUGGCCAAGGGCCUUCUCCCUCGAUUUCUCAGUUUGGCUGGGCGGCCAGGGCUAGGAAGUGUCUUGGUGGUUCCAAACUUCUUCUGUUUAAGAAUGAUGGAGGCCACUGUGUUCUUGGGGACCUUCAAUGCUGCAGACAUGUUUUGUUACGCUUCCCCAGAUCUAUGCCUCGACACAAUCCUGUCUCGGAGCUCUACGGACAAUUCCUUCGACCUCAUGGCUUGGUUUUUGCUCUGACAAGCACUGUCAAUUGUGGGACCUGAUAUAGACAGGUGUGUGCCUUUCCAAAUCAUGUCCAAUCAGUUGAAUUUACCACAGGUGGAUUCCAAUCAAGUUGUAGAAAAAUCUCAAGGAUGAUCAAUGGAAACAGGAUGCAACUGACCUCAAUUUUGAGUCUCAUAGCAAAGGGUCUGAAUACUUUUUAAAAAAUUAUUUAAGGCUUUUGCUAACAUUUCUAAAAACCAGUUUUUGCUUUGCCAUUAUGGGGUAUUGUGUGUAGAUUGAUGAGGAUUUGUAUUUAUUUAAUAUAUUUUAGAAUAAGGCUGUAACUUAACAAAAUGUGGAAAAAGUGAAGGGGUCUGAAAACUUUCCAAAUGCACUAUGUUUUUUUUUUUUUUGGGGGGGGGGGGGGGGGGGGCAAUGCAAAUAGUCUGGGUAGCCAUUUGAUUAGAUAUUCAGGAGUCUUAUGGCUUGGGGGUAGAAGCUGUUUAGAAGCCUCUUGGACCUAGACUUGGCGCUCCGGGCUCCAGGUCCGCUUGCCGUGCGGUAGCAGAUAGAACAGUCUAUGACUAGGGUGGCUGGUGUCUUUGACAAUUUUUAGGCCCUUCCUCUGACACCGCCUGGUAUAGAGGUCCUGGAUGGCAGGAAGCUUGGCCCCAGUGAUGUACUGGGCCGUAUGCACUACCCUCUGUAGUGCCUUGCGGUCGGAGGCCGAGCAGUUGCCAUACCAGGCAGUGAUGCAACCAGUCAGGAUGCUCUCGAUGGUGCAAGUGUAGAACAUUUUGAGGAUCUGAGGACCCAUGCCAAAUCUUUUCUGUCUCCUGAGGUGGAAUAGGUUUUGUCAUGCCCUCUUCACGACUGUCUUGGUGUGCUUGGACCAUGUUAGUUUGUUGGUGAUGUGGACACCAAGGAACUUGAAGCUCUCAACCUGCUCCACUACAGCCCUGUCGAUGAGAAUUGGGGCAUGCUCAGUCAUUUUCUUUUUCCUGUAGUCCACAAUCAUCUCCUUUGUCUUGAUCACAUUGAGGGAGAGGUUGUUGUCCUGGCACCACACGGCCAGGUCUCUGAUCUCCUCCCUAAAGGCUGUCUCGUCGUUGUCGGUGAUCAGGCCUACCACUGUUGUUUCAUCUGCAAACUUAAUGAUGGUGUUGGAGUCGUGCCAGGCCAUGCAGUCAUGAGUGAACAGGGAGUACAGCACAGGCUGAGCACGCACCCCUGAGGGGCCCCCGUGUUGAGGAUCAGCGUGGCGGAUGUGUUGUUACCUACCGUUACCACCUGGGGGCGACCCGUCAGGAAGUCCAGGAUCCAGUUGCAGAGGGAGGUGUUAGUCCCAGGAUCCUUAGCUUAGUGAUGAGCUUUGAGGGCACUAUGAUGUUGAACGCUGAGCUGUAGUCAAUGAAUAGCAUUCUCACGUAGGUGUUCCUUUUGUCCAGGUGUGAAAGGGCAGUGUGGAGCGCAAUCGGGAUUGCAUCAUUUGUGGAUCUGUUGGGGCGGUAUGCAAAUUGGAGUGGGUCUAGGGUUUCUGGGAUAAUGUUGUUUAUGUGAGCCAUGACCAGCCUUUCAAAGCACUUCAUGGCUACAGACGUGAGUGCUACGGGUCGGUAGUCAUUUAGGCAGGUUACCUUAGUGUUCUUGGGCACAGGGACUAUGGUGGUCUGCUUGAAACAUGUUGGUAUUACAGAGGUUGAAAAUGUCAGUGAAGACACUUACCAGUUGGUCAGCUCAUGCUCGGAGUAUACGUCCUGGUAAUCCGUCUGAAUGUUGACCUGUCUAAAGGUCUUACUCACAUCUCAUACGGAGAGCGUGAUCACACAGUCGUCCGGAACAGCUGAUGCUCUCAUGCAUGUUUCAGUUUUACUUGCCUUGAAGCGACCAUAGAAGUAAUUUAGCUCGUCUGGUAGGCUUGUGUCCUGUGCAGCUCGCGGCUGUGCUUCCCUUUGUAGUCUGUAAUAGUUUGCAAGCCCUGCCACAUCCGACGAGCGCCGGAGCCGGUGUAGUACGAUUCGAUCUUAGUCCUGUAUUGACGCUUUGCCUGUUUGACCAAUUAUUUUACUAAAUGUAACUUUGACUAUAUGUAAUUGCUUUGCUUUAAAUAGUAAAGUACAACUUUUAAACUUCAUCCACUAGCACAAAAAUAAUUUUAAAGAGCUAAAGCAAGCCGCCCCACAACUUUACAACUUUAGUUCAUUAAAAUGAUCCAUUCAGAUACGAUGGGCAGACAGGAGAAGCCAUGCAUGAACAUAUGCACUAAAAGAAAGAGAAAAAUGCGUGACAAAUGUUUUCAAGGAAUAAAAUACAUACAGGUAACUGCCAAAAUAAUGGAAACACUUGAGUAAAUGAGGGAUACAAAGUAUAUUGGUGUGAUACCUGAGUUAAUUAAUCGAUUAAAGCUGCAAUAUGUAACUUUUUGGGCAACCCGAACAAAUUCACAUAGAAAUGUGAGUUAUAGAUCUGUCAUUCUCAUUGAUUGCAAGUCUAAGAAGCGGUAGAUCUGUUCUAUGUGUUAUUUCUAUGCUUCCCGUUCUUAAUUUCGUUUUUGGGUCUUUUACUUUCGGUUUUGUACAAUAGCUUCAAACAGCUGAAAAUACAAUAUUUUUGUUAUGGAAAAUAUAUUUCUGUCACGGCCGUCUUGAAAGGAAGCGGACCAAAGCGCAGCGUUUGUGGCGAACAUGACUUUAAUAGAUGACGCACAAAAUACAAAACAAAAGACGACUCAUGAAGUCCACGGUUAACUAACCGAAACGGAACAAAAACCCACAACCCUCAAGAGAACACAAAUAGUUUAAAUAUGGCUCCCAAUCAGAGAUAACGAGCCGACAGCUGACACUCGUUACCUCCGAUUGGGAGUCACACGACACCACAAUUAACUCACCCAAAACACCACCAACCGAAUACACCCUAUACAACAAACCCCACAACAAAACCCAACAAAACAAAUACACCCUGGCUCAAAUACAAAAGUCCCGGAGCCAGAGUGUCACAGUACCCCCCCCUAAAGGUGCGCACUCCGGGCGCACCAGCAUACAGUCUAGGGGAGGGUCUGGGUGGGCGUCUGUCCACGGUGGCGGUUCUGGCCCUGGUCGUGGUCCCCACCCCACCUUAGUCACCACCCGCUUCCCUAGCCUCCUCCACAUGACCACCCUCCAACUUACCCCACCUGGAUUUAGGGGCAGCACCGGGCUAAGGGACAGCACCUGGCUAAGGGGCAGCACCGGACUAAGAGGCAGCACCAGGAUAAGGGGCAGCACCGGGCUAAGGGACAGCAUCGGGCUAAGGGACAGCCCCGGACUCAAUGGCGGAUCCUGGCUGGCUGGCUCUGGCGGAUCCUGGCUGGACGGCUCUGGCGGAUCCUGGCUGGCUGACGGAUCUGGCUGCUCAUGGCUGGCUGACGGAUCUGGCUGCUCAUGGCUGGCUGACGGAUCUGGCUGCUCAUGGCUGGCUGACGGAUCUGGCUGCUCAUGGCUGGCUGACGGAUCUGGCUGCUCAUGGCUGGCUGACGGAUCUGGCUGCUCAUGGCUGGCUGACGGAUCUGGCUGCUCAUGGCUGGCGGAAGGCUCUGGCUGAUCCUGUCUGGCGGAAGGCUCUGGCUGAUCCUGUCUGGUGGAAGGCUCUGGCUGAUCCUGUCUGGCGGAAGGCUCUAGCGGCUCCGGUCUGGCGGACGGCUCUGAAGUCUCAUGGCAGACGGGCGGCUUAGCAGGCUCAGUACAGAUGGCCAGUUCAAGCGCCUUAGGGCAGACGGGCAGUUCAGACCCCGUUGGGCAGACGGCAGACUCUGGCCGUCUGAGGCGCACCGUAGGCCUGGUGCGUGGUGCCGGAACUGGAGGUACCGGGCUGAGGACACGCAUCUCAGGGCUAGUGCGGGGAGAAGCAACAGGGCAUGCUGGACCCUGGGGACGCACAUAAGGCCUAGUGCGGAGAGCAGGAACAGGGCAUGCUGGACCCUGGGGACGCACAUAAGGCCUAGUGCGGAGAGAAGCAACAGGGCAUGCUGGACCCUGGGGACGCACAUAAGGGCUAGUGCGGAGUGCAGCAACAGGACGCACAGGACUCGGGGAACACACAGGAGGCUUGGUGCGUGGUGUAGGCACUGGUGGUACUGGGCUGGAGCGGGGAUGUGGCGCCGGAAAUACCGGACCGUGCAGGCUUACUGGCCCCCUUGAGCACUGAGCCUGCCCAACCUUACCCGGGUUGAUGCUCCCCGUCGCCCGACCAGUACGGGGAGGUGGAAUAACCCGCACCGGCCUAUGUGGGCGAACCGGGAACACCAUGCGUAAGGCUGGUGCCAUGUACGCCGGCCCGAGAAGACGCACUGGUAGCCGGAUGCGUUGGGCCGGCUUCAUGACAUCUGGCUCAAUGCUCACUCUAACCCGGCCGAUACGUGGAGCUGGAAUGUACCGAACCGGGCUAUGCCUGCGUACAGGAGACACCAUGCGCUCUACUGCGUAACACGGUGUCUGCCCGUACUCUCGCUCUCCACGGUCAGUCCAGGGAGUAGGCGCAGGUCUCCUACCUGACUUCGCCACACUCCCUUUUAGCCCCCCCCCAAUAAAUUUUUGGGUAGUACCCACGGGCUUCCAGCCUCGACUCCGUGCUGCCUCCUCAUACCACCUCCUCUCGGCUUUAGCUGCCUCCAGCUCUUCACGAGGGCGGCGAUAUUCUCCCGGUUGUGCCCAAGGACCCUUUCCAUCCAGUAUCUCCUCCCAUGUCCAUGAAUCCUUGAUAGGCGUCCAUAAAUCCUGUUGCCGCUUGACACGCUGCUUGGUCCUUUUAUGGUGGGUUUUUCUGUCACGGCCGUCUUGAAAGGAAGCGGACCAAAGCGCAGCGUUUGUGGCGAACAUGACUUUAAUAGAUGACGCACAAAAUACAAAACAAAAGACGACUCAUGAAGUCCACGGUUAACUAACCGAAACGGAACAAAAACCCACAACCCUCAAGAGAACACAAAUAGUUUAAAUAUGGCUCCCAAUCAGAGAUAACGAGCCGACAGCUGACACUCGUUACCUCCGAUUGGGAGUCACACGACACCACAAUUAACUCACCCAAAACACCACCAACCGAAUACACCCUAUACAACAAACCCCACAACAAAACCCAACAAAACAAAUACACCCUGGCUCAAAUACAAAAGUCCCGGAGCCAGAGUGUCACAAUUUCACAGUGGUUUAGAUGGUUUAAUGAUUCUCUACACUGUAUUUGCUUGUUUUGUCACAUAAACUGAAAUUAGGCAAACUAUUAGAAUUUUAGCAACCAGGAAAUGGCUGAGCGAUUUCUACAUAGUGUAUCUUUAACAUCCCAUCAUGCUUAGGUUCAUAUAUAAAAAUGCUGGGCAGGCCAUUAUGUUGGCUACUAUGGCUAUGCCCCCAUAGGAUGACAAUGCCCCCAUCCACAGGGCAUGAGUGGUCACUGAAUGGUUUGAUGAGCAUGAAAACGAUGUAAACCAUAUGCCAUGGCCAUCUCAGUCAUCAGAUUUAAACUCAAUUGAACACUUAUGGGAGAUUCUGGAGCGGCACCUGAGACAGCGUUUUCCACCACCAUCUACAAAACACCAAAUGAUGGAAUUUCUUGUGGAAGAAUGGUGUCGCAUCCCUCCAAUAGAGUUCCAGACACUUGUAGAAUCUAUGCCAAGUGCAUUGAAGCUGUUCUGGCUCUAUUAAGACUUUGGUAUUUACUUUAUUUUGGCAGUUCCCUGUAACUAGCGACAGUAUAGUGGAGUUUAGUGCCAGGCCAGCAGUGGACGUUUUUUAUGUUGUGUGUGUGUGUGUGUGAGAGAGAGAUAUAUCUGGGGGAAAAUAUCUGGAACACAAUGUUGUCAGGCCAAUUUGUACUGGUAUCGGCAUGACAACCCCUCAUCUUUCUCUAUUCCUGUUGAUACUCAAGGUCACAGCAACCAUCAACAAAGCUUCACAGUUACAGUGCAUUCGGAAAGUAUUCAGGCCCAUUCCCUUUUUCCACAUUUUGUUACGUUACAGACUUAUUCUACAAUUGAUUAAAUACUUUUUCCCCCUCAUCAAUCUACACAAAAUACCCCAUGAUGACAAAGCAAAAACAGGUUUCUAGACAUUUUUGUCAAUUUAUUACAAAUAAAAAACAGAAAUACCUCAUUUACAUAAGUAUUCAGACCCUUUCAUAUGAGACAAAAGGAGGAAAAUUAUCUAGAUGUGUGGAGGUUUCAUUUUUUAUAACUUGAUAGUUAUGUUGCACUCUGCAUGGUGGGAUAUUUACCUUCCUAUCCAAAUGCUACUUAUCUGGUGUUUCUGACCAUCUCUUUCUACCUCCCUCUCUCCAUCCCUUCCUUCUUCCUUCCCCGUUCCUCCCUCUUCUCCUUUCCUUCCUCCUUCCUUCCCGCUCUCCCACCCUCCCCCCACAGCUCCGACAGAGGUGGUAUUCUCGUUUGACGUGGGCAACGGCCCCUUUGAGGUGCGGGUGGAGACGGGCGACGUGGAGCUAAACGACGACAGAUGGCACCGCGUUCGAGCGGAGCGGAACGUGAAAGAGGCUUCGCUGCGUGUGGACGCUUUCCCCAGCGCCACACAGAAGGCCCCCGCAGACGGGCACAUCCAUCUGCAGCUCAACAGUCAAUUAUUUGUAGGUAGGAAAACCCUCCUGCUUCAGACCACUACUCAUCCCUCCCUCAUUAGAGACAGAAAUAAACCAGACCUGGGUUCAAAUACUGUUUGAAAUCUUUCAAGCGUUUGAUCUAGCCUGCCCUGGGAGUGGGCAGUUGGGCGGGGUUUGCAGUUGUGGGACUACUAUAUCAGGUCAUAAAGGCAAGCUCAAGCACGCACAGAUAAAGUAUUUGAAAUGAAUUUCAAUAGUAUUUGAACUCAGGUCUGCCAUUAAGAGGAAUAAGCACGUGUGAUAUAAAUGGCUCAGUGAGAGCUGCUAGGCUUCCUACAUUCACCAGCCCUACCCACAGGGAGGGAUGUCUGUCAUUUGUAGUAAUGCCGUUUUUGUCAGCUUUCCAAAAGGUACCCUAUUCCCUUUGUAGUGCACUACUUUUGACCAGAGCCCUAUGGCCCCUGGUCAAAAGUAGUGCACUACAUAGGGAAUAGGGUGCCAGUUGGGACACAGCCUUUGAGUUGGGGCACCCUGAGAUUCUUCCUGUUUGUCUCCACCCUCCUUGAGGAGCGUGCCAGAGAGCGUGCCAGUGGACAUUUUCUGUUUUCUCUGUUUCCUCUGCCGGUGGUGAACAUAGACUAUGAACCGAGAGCUUCCAAAUAUAGGUACCGAUAAUUCCAGAUGGAAUUGGUGUGUGAAAUAUUGUGCAAUUUAUCUCCUUUUUCAAGUUUUUAGAUCAGUACAACAUAGUUCAUGAGGUAAGUGUAUAGGAGAAAGAGGGGCUCUGCUUCCAACAGCAAGUUGCAGUGGAUUCACCACCUAUAAGCAGCAGCCGCCGUCACAGUAUUGGCUAAAUGCAAAUCCUCUGUGGUUUCCUAUUGGAUGAUAGGUGCUGUCUCUGUGGAUGAUAGGUGCUUGUCCUCUGUGGUUUCCUAAUGGAUGAUAGGUGCUGUCUCUGUGGAUGAUAGGUGCUUGUCCUCUGUGGUUUCCUAUUGGAUGAUAGGUGCCGAUCCUCUGUGGUUUCCUAUUGGAUGAUAGGUGCUGAUCCUCUGUGGUUUCCUAUUGGAUGAUAGGUGCUGAGCCGAUUUUUUGCUGAACACUGAACAUUAUCACAUUCAAUAAAUAACCAUUAAUCAGGACACGCUGCUGGCCUUUGGAUCACACGAUUCUAGUGUGUCCGUGUGCGCGUGUGUGUGUGUGUGUGCAAGCAUGCACACGUGUGUGAACGCACAUGCAUUCUCAUACAACCUUUCUCUCAGAUCAUCUGUCCAUUGAUAUGCAUUUGCUUGGAGCUAUGUUUAAUAUUCUAUGCUAUAACUACAUCAGACAGCUAUAAUGGGAAAUUAUUUUGCCUUCUGACAGGUUCUGAUAAAACUAUACAGUUAGUGCAUUCAACUUAACAUAGCUAGGUGGGACAACCACAUAUCACAGGCAUAGUAAGUACACUUUUCCUCAAUAAAGUAGCUAUUAGCAAAGUCAGAGCUAGAGGGGAGGGGAGAGGUCGAGGUGAUGAGGGGGAUUAUUUAAGGUACUCUUUGAAGAGAUAGGGUUUCAGGUGCUUUCGGAAGAUGGGCAGGGACUCUGCUGUCCUAGCUUCAGGGGGAAGCUGGUUCCACCAUUGGGGUGCCAGGACAGUCUUCAGCAAGCAGUGGCAGAGUGAGGAGCUCUCUCAGAAAACCUCUGCCCUGCACAUCAACAUCUGGGCCACAACCCAUGGACCACUUCUCCUGCAGCUCUGGACUUUUCCAACACACGCUAGUGUUAGUGCGUCUCUGACCUACGUAAGUGCACUAUACUGGGAUAGGGCACUUUAUGUCUGGUUGUACUGUAAGCUUGUAUGUAAUUAUCUGAUAGCCAUUCCUGCCGUAGGCCUUAAGAUGGCAGCCGACCAGUGUUGUUGUUGUUAUUGUUAUGCAACCUAAGAUGGCGGUCCCCAUGGCCUUAUCCAACCUGCUAGCCUAGCCUAACCUAGCAUGCUAACUUAUUACCUAUGCUAGUUGGCCCUGUAUAUAUUGUGUGCUAUGUUUAUCAUAUUAGCCUAUUGCUAACACCUUAUAGCUGCUAUUGUGUAUAUAUAUUGCUAUACUGUGUGCUACGUUAGCUAUAAUAGCCAAUACUGCUAGCCUCGCUAACGCUAGUUGACCUGUACAUACUGUGUUCUAUGUUAAGCCUAAUAGGAUGUUAUGUUAAUACCUGCUACUGGCUGUAUGCUAUGUGUUGUUCAUUGCUGCUAUACUGUUAUAUAGCUAUAUUAUUUCCGCUAGCCUAUGCUACAUAGCUACUAGCAUCACUGUUAUUACUGUUGUGUAAUUCAUUCCCCUUUCUGUUCCAUUACAGAAACCACUAUCAGGUUCACAUCCACCUGGUCAACUUCCUGUUUACUGUGUGUGUGCACCUGUCUUGAGUGUGGCAAUAAACGUGUGUUCUGUACACCUGUGUCCCACUGGUACAGUGAGGGAAAAAAUUAUUUGAUCCCCUGCUGAUUUUGUACAUUUGCCCACUGACAAAGAAAUGAUCAGUCUAUAAUUUUAAUUGUAGGUUUAUUUGAACAGUGAGAGACAGAAUAACAACAAAAAAAUACAGAAAAACACAUGUCAAAAAUGUUAUAAAUUGAUUUGCAUUUUAAUGAGGGAAAUAAGUAUUUGACCCCCUCUCAAUCAGAAAGAUUUCUGGCUCCUAGGUGUAUUUUAUACAGGUAACGAGCUGAGAUUAGGAGCACACUCUUAAAGGGAGUGCUCCUAAUCUCAGCUUGUUACCUGUAUAAAAGACACCUGUCCACAGAAGCAAUCAAUGAGAUUCCAAACUCUCCAACAUGGCCAAGACCAAAGAGCUCUCCAAGGAUGUCAGGGACAAGAUUGUAGACCUACACAAGGCUGGAAUGGGCUACAAGACUAUCGCCAAGCAGCUUGGUGAGAAGGUGACAACAGUUGGUGCGAUUAUUCGCAAGUGGAAGAAACACAAAAUAACUGUCAAUCUCCCUCGGCCUGGGGCUCCAUGCAAGAUCUCACCUCGUGGAGUUGCAAUGAUCAUGAGAACGGUGAGGAAACAGCCCAGAACUACACGGAUGAAUCUUGUCAAUGAUCUCAAGGCAGCUGGGACCAUAGUCACCAAGAAAACAAUUGGUGACACACUACGCCGUGAAGGAAUGAAAUCCUGCAGAGCCCGCAAGGUCCCCCUGCUCAAGAAAGAACAUAUACAGGGCCGUCUGAAGUUUGCCAAUGAACAUCUGAAUGAUUCAGAGGAGAACUGGGUGAAAGUGUUGUGGUCAGAUGAGACCAAAAUCGAGCUCUUUGGCAUCAACUCAACUCGCCAUGUUUGGAGGAGGAGGAAUGCUGCCUAUGACCCCAAGAACACCACCCCCACUGUCAAACAUGGAGGUGGAAACAUUAUGCUUUGGGGGUGUUUUUCUGCUAAGGGGACAGGAGAACUUCACCGCAUCAAAGGGACGAUGGACGGGCCAUGCACCGUCAAAUCUUGGGUGAGAACCUCCUUCCCUCAGCCAGGGCAUUGAAAAUGGGUCGUGGAUGGGUAUUCCAGCAUGACAAUGACCCAAAACACACGGCCAAGGCAACAAAGGAGUUGCUCAAGAAGAAGCACAUUAAGGUCCUGGAGUGGCCUAGCCAGUCUCCAGACCUUAAUGCCAUAGAAAAUCUGUGGAGGGAGCUGAAGGUUCGAGUUGCCAAACGUCAGCCUCGAAACCUUAAUGACUUGGAGAAGAUCUGCAAAGAGGAGUGGAACAAAAUCCCUCCUGAGAUGUGUGCAAACCUGGUGGCCAACUACAAGAAACGUUUGACCUCUGUGAUUGCCAACAAGGGUUUUGCCACCAAGUAAUAAGUCAUGUUUUGCAGAGGGGUCAAAUACUUAUUUCCCUCAUUAAAAUGCAAAUCAAUUUCUAACAUUUUUGACAUGCAUUUUUCUGGAUUUGUUUUGUUGUUAUUUUGUCUCUCACUGUUCAAAUAAACCUACCAUUAAAAUUAUAGACUGAUCAUGUCUUUGUCAGUGGGCAAGCGUACAAAAUCAGUAGGGGAUCAAAUACUUUUUUCCCUCACUGUAAUUUCUGGCAUUUUACCGGGACGUGCACCUAUAAUCUAAACCGGCACCUCUAUCGGAGACCACCACAUGGUGCCACUCUUUUUCAGUACAUCCAUUCAUGGUUCAUAUUCACUGAUGUGUCAGUCUUAUGAUAUGGCCACACACUGUGAACCAAUGCGGCUUAUCAACACCACUGCGUUUCUGGGCAUGCAAUAAUUGGCUUUUAGAGGACACGACGAGAGGGAAAGUUCCACUAACAAGUGCAACUACAAGGAGCUUGCAGCGCUAAGUCCCCUCCUGUUCCCUGAUUAAGAGGUGAUGAGCUAUACCAUUGUCAACUCUCUCCUGAGAUGAACUGAUGCCACGUCUUAUGUGCCCUCUCAUUCACUGGCACAUUGAAUGUUUCCUCUCCAAGCACUUCAAAUCCUGUCCUGCACUGAAGUCAAGCCUCUGAACACCUCAAUUCAUGCCUCAUACCCUCAUUAAAUUACUGCUGUGAUCCCUUCCCAAAACGAUACACUGGGGACACGCCCGACACAGCUCUGAGAGGCUACACCAAACAUUAACACACAGCCGGGCCGGUGCAUAGCAAGGAACGACCUGCCACUGACAACUUACCCAGCCAUCACCCUCCCCGCCUGCGCUUCUCUCUCGCUCUCCACAUUCAACGAGAGACAGACAACAACACAGUUGUGCAGGGCGCUGGUGGGGGCGUUCGUGGCCAUGGAGGGAGCACCUAAGUCCCCAGCGGCUCCGGGAAAGGUUUGUUCCCUUGGACUGUUGGAGUUCAAAGCAGUGAAAACUCAUUUGAAUCUGCUGGGGACUCGUGUGCUAUUAAGUGUAUAAUCUGCAACAUGGUUGUAGUUGUCACGAAGAAAGGUCCGAAAGAAAGGAUUAUUACUCUUCAGUAAGAAAUUUCAAAUUUGACCAAGCGCCUUGAAAUGAAUAAGUAUUCCAUGAGACUAUCGGCAUCUUUAAAUGCUUCCUAUCAAAACAUCCAAGAGGAUCAUAAUGGGACCUUCCUGGACAAUGAUACAUUUCCGCCACUGCACCCCUCUACUAGCUUGAACCAGAAAAUGGCUGCUCACUGUUCGACUCCAGGUGAGCGUAAAUGGAUGCGUGUCAGAACCAAAAAGAAGGAGAAGAAUCGUUCUCGGCGUGCCUGCCUUCUUCCCCCGCGUCCAGCCCUCUUCUCAGGUGAGUUCUGUGGCUCUGGCCUCGCUAUCAGCUUCGAGACAUGGCAGAGGCCGGAUCAUUCAAUGGUGAGGCAUACAGUGGGGAGAACAAGUAUUUGAUACACUGCCGAUUUUGCAGGUUUUCCUACUUACAAAGCAUGUAGAGGUCUGUAAUUUUUAUCAUAGGUACACUUCAACUCUGAGAGACAGAAUCUAAAACAAAAAUCCAGAAAAUCACAUUGUAUGAUUUUUAAGUAAUUAAUUUGCAUUUUAUUGCAUGACAUAAGUAUUUGAUACAUCAGAAAAGCAGAACUUAAUAUUUGGUACAGAAACCUUUGUUUGCAAUUACAGAGAUCAUACGUUUCCUGUAGGUCUUGACCAGGUUUGCACACACUGCAGCAGGGAUUUUGGCCCACUCCUCCAUACAGACCUUCUCCAGAUCCUUCAGGUUUCGGAGCUGUCGCUGGGCAAUACGGACUUUCAGCUCCCUCCAAAGAUUUUAUAUUGGGUUCAGGUCUGGAGACUGGCUAGGCCACUCCAGGACCUUGAGAUACUUCUUACGGAGCCACUCCUUAGUUGCCCUGGCUGUGUGUUUCAGGUCGUUGUCAUGCUGGAAGACAGAGCCACGACCCAUCUUCAAUGCUCUUACUGAGGGAAGGAGGUUGUUGGCCAAGAUCUCGCGAUACAUGGCCCCAUCCAUCCUCCCCUCAAUACGUUGCAGUCGUCCUGUCCCCUUUGCAGAAAAGCAUCCCCAAAGAAUGAUGUUUCCACCUCCAUGCUUCACGGUUGGGAUUGUGUUCUUGGGGUUGUACUCAUCCUUCUUCUUCCUCCAAACACGGCGAGUGGAGUUUAGACCAAAAAGCUCUAUUUUUGUCUCAUCAGACCACAUUACCUUCUCCCAUUCCUCCUCUGGAUCACCCAGAUGGUCAUUGGCAAACAUCAGACGGGCCUGGGCAUGCGCUGGCUUGAGCAGGGGGACAUUGCGUGCGCUGCAGGAUUUUAAUCCAUGACGGCAUAGUGUGUUACUAAUGGUUUUCUUUGAGACUGUGGUCCCAGCUCUCUUCAGGUCAUUGACCAGGUCCUUCCGUGUAGUUCUGGGCUGAUCCCUCACCUUCCUCAUGAUCAUUGAUGCCCCACGAGGUGAGAUCUUGCAUGGAGCCCCAGACCGAGGGUGAUUGACCGUCAUCUUGAAGUCCUUACAUUUUCUAAUAAUUGUGCCAACAGUUGUUGCCUUUUCACCAAGCUGCUUGCCUAUUGUCCUGUAGCCCAUCCCAGCCUUGUGCAGGUCUACAAUUUUAUCCCUGAUGUCCUUACACAGCUCUCUGGUCUUGGCCAUUGUGGAGAGGUUGGAGUCUGUUUGAUUGAGUGUGUGGACAGGUGUCUUUUAUACAGGUAACGAGUUCAAACAGGUGCAGUUAAUACAGGUAAUGAGUGGAGAACAGGUGGGCUUCUUAAAGAAAAACUAACAGGUCUGUGAGAGCCGGAAUUCUUACUGAUUGGUAGGUGAUCAAAUACUUAUGUCAUGCAAUAAAAUGCUAAUGAAUUACUUAAAAAUCAUACAAUGUGAUUUUCUGGAUUUUAGUUUUAGAUUCUGUCUCUCACAGUUGAAGUGUACCUAUGAUAAAAAUUACAGACCUCUACAUGCUUUGUAAGUAGGAAAACCUGCAAAAUCGGCAGUGUAUCAAAUACUUGUUCUCCCCACUGUAUAUCUGUACCUGGGGCAAGGACUUUGUGUUUUCCUGGGGCAAAAGUUCAGGAUAUCACCAGGUUGCUUCCCGAGGCUGUGCAUCAGUCACCGGGAGCUGAUACUAUCAUGGUUCAUGUGGGGUCGAAUGACAUUAUGAAGGGCAGCUCAGAACAGCUGAAGAUGGAUUUUAAAGAACUGAUUGGGUCACUACUUGACACCAACAAACGGCCAAUAAUAUCUGGCCCUAUGCCCUCCCUAGAUCUUGGCAUUGUACGGUUCAGCAGACAUUUAGCCCUCCAUAACUGGCUACGAGGCUAUUGCAGCUCUGUGGAUGUAACAUUUAUUGACAAUUAUGAUACCUUCUGGAAACAAAGUUCGUAUUAUAAGGAGGAUGGGCUCCACCCAAAUAAUUUGGGUUCCUGGGUCCUUUCACAGCAUUAUAAGGCUGCGUUGAGACAAUAACUUAUCAAUGACCCAAGCCCAUCUCAUUUAAUUCCCACCAUUGUGUCGCUGAGUUGUCAUAAUGCUUCAGCAAAUGUACAUUAUCCCAGGGGCGUUGGAAGACACAAUGUAAGUAACCUAAUUUAUGUCCCUGUUACUGCACUGAAUGCCUCUGCUAAUCAUAGAGCUAUUGUAUGCAGUAAUCAUAUGCCUAUGAACCAGAGUUAUACUGUUAGCACUAAGGUGGUGUGCCCAAGCAGGAAGUCCACUGUGUGCAGCUCACCCUGCACUAACAUAAAUAGCCAAAGCAUGUCUACCUCUGUUAAGCUUCCCAGUAAAGCAAGAAAAACAUUCAAGCAUCACAGAAAAGUGUUAAAAACAGCCCAUGUUAACAUAUGUAGCUUAAAGAACAAGGUUCAUGAAAUCAAUAAUUUGCUAGUAACAGAUGACAUUCAUAUUCUUGCAGUCUCUGAAACUCACUUAGAUAAUACCUUUGAUGAUAAAGUGGUAGCAAUACAUGGUUAUAAGAUCUACAGAAAAUACAGAAAUGCCAAAGGUGGAGGUGUGGCUGUUUAUAUUCAGAACCACAUUCCUGUAAAGCUUAGAGAGGAUCUCAUGUUAAAUACUGUUGAAGUAAUAUGGCUACAUGUUCAUCUGCCUCACCUAAAGCCCAUUCUGGUGGGAAGCUGCUAUAGACCACCAAGUGCUAACAGUCAGUAUCUGGAUAACGUGUGAAAUGCUUGAUAAUGACAUCAAUAGAGAAGUAUAUUUUCUGGGUGAUUUAAAUAUCGACUGGCUUUCAUCAGGCUGCCCACUCAAGAGAAAGCUUCAAACCGUAACCAGUGCCUGCAACCUGGUUCAGGUUAUCAAUCAACCUACCAGGGUAGUUACAAACAGCACAGGAAUUAAAUCAUCAACAUGUAUUGAUCACAUCUUUAAUAAUGCUGCAGAAAUUUGUUUGAAGCAGUAUUAAAAUCCAUUGGAUGUAGUGAUCACAAUAUAGUAGCCAUGUCUAGGAAAACCAACGUUCCAAAGGCUGGGCCUAAUAUAAUGUAUAAGAGGUCAUACAAUAAGUUUUGUAGCGAUUCCUAUGUUGUUGAUGUAAAGAAUAUUUGUUGGUCCGUGGUGUGUAAUGAGGAGCAACCAGACACUGCACUUGACAAAUUUAUGAAAUUGCUUAUCCAAGUUACUAAUAAGCAUGCACCAAUUAAGAAAAUGACUGUAAAAACUGUUAAAUCCCUGAGGAUUGAUGACGAAUUGAAAAAUAGUAUGGUUGAGAGGGAUGAUGCAAAAUAAAUGGCAAAUAGGUCUGGCUGUAGAACCGAUUGGCAAACGUACUGCAAAUUGAGAAAUAAUGUGACUGAACUGAAUAACAAGAAGAAGAAACUACACUAUGAAACAAAAAUAAAUGACAUAAAGAAUGAUAGUAAAAAGCUUUGGAGAACCUAAAAUGAAAUUUUUGGCAAAAAGGCAAACUCCGCUCCAUCAUUUAUUGAAUCAGAUGGCUCAUUCAUCACAAAACUCACUGAUAUUGCCAACUACUUUAAUGAUUUUUUCAUUGGCAAGAUUAGCAAACUUAGGCAUGACAUGCUAGCAACAAACGCUGACACUACACAUCCAAGUAUAUCUGACCAAAUUAUGAAAGACAAGCAUUGUAAUUUUGAAUUCCGUAAAGUAAGUGUUGAAGAGGUUAAUUUUUUGUUGUUGUCUAUCAACAAUGACAAGCCACCGGGGUCUGACAAUUUGGAUGGAAAAUUACUGAGGAUAAUAGCGGAUGAUAUUGCCACUCCUAUUUUCCAUAUCUUCAAUUUAAGCCUACUAGAAAGUGUGUUCCCUCAUUCCUGGAGGGAAGCAAAAGUUAUUCCCCUACCUAAGGAUAGUAAAUCCCCCUUUACUGGCUCAAAUAGCUGACUAAUCAGCCUGUUACCAACCCUUUGUAAACUUUUUGAAAAAAUGUGUUUGACGAGAUACAAUGCUAUUUUACAGUAAACAAAUUGACAACAGACUUUCAGCACGCUUAUAGGGAAGGACAUUCAACAAGUACAGCACUUACGCAAAUGACUGAUGAUUGGCUGAGAAAAAUUUAUGAUAAAAAGAUUGUGGGGGCUGUUUUGUUAGACUUCAGUGCGGCUUUUGACAUUAUUGAUCAUAGUCUGUUUCUGGAAAAACGUAUGUGUUAUGACUUUACACCCCCUGCUAUAUUGUGGAUAAAGAGUUACCUGUCUAACAGAACACAGAGGGUGUUCUUUAAUGGAAGCCUCUCCAACAAAAUCCAGGUAGAAUCAGGAAUUCCCCAGGGCAGCAGUCUAGGCCUCUUAGUUUUUUCAAUCUUUACUAACGACAUGCCACUGGCUUUGAGUAAACCAGUGUGUCUAUGUAUGCGGAUGACUCAACACUAUACACGUCAGCUACUACAGCGAGUGAAACCACUGCAACCCUUAACAGAGAGCUUCAAUUAGUUUCAGAAUGGGUGGCAAGGAAUAAGUUAGUCCUAAAUAUUAAAAAAACUAAAAGCAUUGUAAUUGGGACAAAUCAUUCACUAAACCCUAAACCUCAACUAAAUCUUGUAACGAAUAAUGUGGUAAUUGAGCAAGUUGAGGAGACUAAACUGCUUGGAGUAACCCUGGAUUGUAAACUGUCAUGGUCAAAACAUAUUGAUGCAACAGUAGCUAGGAUGGGGAGAAGUCUGUCCAUAAUAAAGCGCAACUCUGCAUCCUUAACAGCACUACCAAUACGGCAGGUCCUACAGGCCCUAGUUUUGUCGCACUGUUCAGUUGUGUGGUCAGGUGCCACAAAGAUUGCAAUUGGCUCAGAAAAGGGCAGCACGGCUGGCCCUUUGAUGUACACAGAGAGCUAACAUGGAGGAGAGAUUGACUUCAUCACUACUUGUAUUUGUGAGAAGUAUUGACAUGUUGAAUGCACCGAGCUGUCUGUUUGAAUUACUGGCACACAGCUCAGACACCCAUGCAUACCCCACAAGACAUGCCACCAGAGGUCUUUUCACAGUCCCCAAGUCCAGGAGCCAUGACUACAUGGAACUCUAUUCCACAUCAAGUAACUCAUGCAAGCAGUAAAAUAUGAUUUAAAAAACAGAUAAAAAUACACCUCAUGGAACAGCAGGACUGUGUAACAACACAAACAUAGGCACAGACACAUGCAUACAAACACACGUACACAUGGAUUUUGUGUUGUAGAUAUGUGGUAGUAGAGUAGGGGCCUGACGGCACACACUUAAUAUGUUGUGAAAUCUGUUGUAAAUGUAUUGUAAUGAAAAAAUAAAAAUUAUAAUAAUGUAUGCAUUCACUAACUGUAAGUUGCUCUGGAUAAGAGCGUCUGCUAAAUGACAAAAAAUGUAAAUGUAGUGUAAAAAUUUUUUUAGAACUGCCUUAAUUUUGCUGGGGCCCAGGAAGACUAGCUUCUGCCUUGGCAUCAGCUAAAUGGGAUCCAUAAUAAAUACAAAUACAAAUGCUGUCGCACAUACAGUGCAUUCGGAAAGUAUUCAAAACCCUUCCCUUUUUCCACAUUUUGUUACGUUACAGCCUUAUUCUAAAAUGGAUUAAAUAAAAAUGUUUGUCAUCAAUCUACACACAAUACCCCAUAAUGACAAAGCACAAACAGGUUUUUAGAUUUUUUUUUGCAAAUGUAUGAAAAAAAUGUAAAACAGAAAUACCUUAUUUACAUAAGUUUUCAGACCCUUUGCUAUGAGACUCGAAAAUUGAGCUCAGGUGCAUCCUGUUUCCAUUGAUCAUCCUUGAGAUGUUUCUACAACUUGAUUGGAGUCCACCUGUGGUAAAUUCAAUUGAUUGGACAUGAUUUGGAAAGGCACACACCUGUCUAUAUAAGGUCCCACAGUUGACAGUGCAUGUCAGAGCAAAAACCAAGCCAUGAGAACCCAAUGCUCACUCUGACAAAGUUCCAGAGUUCCUCUGUGGAGAUGGGAGAACCUUCCAGGAGGACAACCAUCUCUGCAGCACUCCACCAAUCAGGCCUUUACAGUACAGCGGCCAGACGGAAGCCACUCCUCAGUAAAAGGCACAUGACAGCCUGCAUGACAGCCUGAUUCUCAGGUCUGAUGAUACCAAGAUUGAACUUUUUGGCCUGAAUCCCAAGCGUCACGUCUGGAGGAAACCUGGCACCAUCCCUACGGUGAAGCAUGGUGGUGGCAGCAUCAUGCUGUGGGGAUGUUUUUCAGCAGCAGGGACUGGGAGACUAGUCAGGAUUGAGGGAAAGAUGAAUGGAACAAAGUACAGAGAGAUCCUUGAUGAAAACCUGCUCCAGAGCGCUCAUGACCUCAGACUGGGGCGAAAGUUCACCUUCCAUCAGAACAACAACCCUAAGCACACAGCCAAGACAACCUGACAGAGCUUGAGAGGAUCUGCAGAGAAGAAUGGGAGAAACUCCCCAAAUACUGGUGUGCAAAGCUUAUAACGUCAUACCCAAGAAGACUCGAGGCUGUAAUUGCUGCCAAAAUUGCUUCAACAAAGUACUGAGUAAAGGGUCUGAAUACUUUUGUAAAUGUAAUAUUUAAGUUGCUAAAAACUUGUUUUUGCUUUGUCAUUAUGGGGUAUUGUGUGUAGAUUGAUGAGGGAAAAAAACAAUUUAAUCAAUUUUAGAAUAAGGCUGUAAUGUAACAAAAUGUGGAAAAAGUCAAGGGCUCUGAAUACUUUCUGAAUGCACUGUACCGGCAUGCCAGUAGAUGUAUGAACAUACCAUAUACAGGUAACCUAACUGCCAAAUUAAAGGAAAUAGCAACAUAAAGAGUCAUAAAUAGGGUGUUGGGCCGCCACGAGCCAGAACAGCUUCAAUGCACCUUGGCAUAGAUUAUACAAGUGUCUGGAAUGCUACUGGAGGGAUGCAACAUCAUUCUUCCAUGAGAAAUACCAUCAUUUGUUGUUUUGUUGAUGGUGUUGGAAAACGCUGUCUCAGGCGCCGCUCCAGAAUCUCCCAUAAGUGUUCAAUUGGGUUGAGAUCUGGUGACUAGGGGUGUAACGAAUUUGGGUCCUUAGCGUUAAGAAAAAUCCUUAACGGAAAAACAAUGUUUUUUAGUUUUUUUCCCUACAAACUUAAAAUCACAGUUCAGCUCUCCUGCUCUUUCUCUUCGCUAAUAAUGUGAGUGUGUGUUCAGUCUUCGGUCUGUUGCGUGUAGAAUAUCCUAGCCUAUUCAUUGAUGAUAGAUAGGCAUAGCUUUACUGAAGUUGCGAGACAUUGCAAGCCAAGAAAUUGUGAAAUACAGCAUUCCAUUGCAAGAUACAGCUUUUAAUUUCGAAAGAUAGGCAUAGUGCACGGUUUUAACUCUGUCUGCCUGAUGGCCGACCUGCCUAUACUGUGCCCCUCCCCUCUCUCUCCAUCCCUCGCUAGCUCGCUAUGAAAGAUGUGAGUGUUUGUGUUCUCUUAAGUACAGCAACUAAUCAGUCUCCUUCGUUUCAAAAAUACAGAAUAUUAGGAGGUAUUCCUUGCGGAAUAUGUGUUUUUUUUCUACUAAAUGUCUUGGUAAGUCACGGUAUUUAACAAACUUUAAAUUACUUUUUGUUAUCAGAGAGUGGUCUGCGCGCAUCCCUACUGGUGACUGAGAUGGCCAUGGCAUAUGGUUUACAUUGUUUUCAUGCUCAUCAUACCAGUCAGUGACUACUCGAGCCCUGCGGAUGGGGGCAUUGUCAUCCUAUAGGGGCAUAGCCAUUUUAGCCAAAAUAAUGGCCAAAAUAAUGCAUUUUAAUACAUGGCCCUAAGCAUUAUGGGAUGUUAAUUGCUUAUUAACUCAGAAAUCACACCUGUGUGGAAGCACCUGCUUUCAAUAUACUUUGUAUACCUCAUUUACUCAAGUGUUUCUAUUAUUUUGGCAGUUACCUGUAUGUUGCUUGUUUGAUGAUACUGUGGCUUUCAAGUGUACCUUACAAAGUAUUCAACUCACUUUAUGUUGUAGGAUUACUGAAAUAUGUACUUUUCAAUGCACAAAUGUUAUACUGUAAUAUAUUUUCAGAAAUCAUUAUGUUAAGAGACUGGGAUCUCGCUGGGGCUGCUAGUUUAGAACUGACCUGUAUUUGGUUUAAACACAUUGACUGCCCCCUGAGGUUCCUACUGACAUAUUUUCCUGUUAAGUGUUUUAUUCUCUGACAGCUUUCCUCUCCACCCCCCCCCCCCCCCCCCCCACACACACACACACACACUAUCUCUCUCUCUCACACUCUCUCUCUCUCUGACAGCUUUCCUCUCCUUUUCCUGCUCCAGUGGUCCAAGCGGAGCGGCAUCUCCGCUACUCAGGGAUUUGCCUCGGCUCACCGUUCCACUCCACCGGCAUCA